AUGGAUCUACAAUUCAGGAAAACGUGUCGUGCCAAAGUUACCAGAUUAAUAAAGGAAGCAGAAGAUUUAUUAAAAGCCGAAAUAGCGGUGGAAGAGCUAAGUGUAAUGUUGGACAGACUAACAGUAGCAAAUAACAACCUAAAAGAAGCUAAUGAAAAGGCGUUACCGCAUGUAAAAGAAGAGAAAUAUGAAGAGGAAUUCGAACAAAUUUUGGAUUAUGACGAUAGAGUGGCCAUAGCGACUUCGAGGUUAAAGCAGAGGGUAAGCAGUCAGACGCAGGCGGAGGAGCAAGGGUCUCGGCAGAAUGCAGCGUCGAUAGAGGGGAACAAGCAUAGAGGUGACUCCUGUCAACGUCAACAACAGGCAGUGCCGGACCAGGAACAGGGAGUAGGUAUUUCGGGUGUUGUAUAUGCAGCUUUCAACACGUUAAAAGUAGAGUUUAAUAAAUUGUCAGAAUUUGAUUCGGAUGCAGAGGAGUGUAGCAGUCAAGAAAGAGCAGAUACAAGUACAAUUAAAUGCGAAAAACAGAUUGAGCUACUCUUGAAAUUUAUAAAACGUGAAGUAGAUUCCGUCGAAUCUGCACAAGCUAUAUCGGGUACAGCCAGUACAAGCAGUGGUGUAUCGAGAGAAGAACGGAACAGUAUUGGAUUUCUAGGCCCAUACACCAUCAUACCAAAAAUAUUGUUACAAACCAUUUGGAAGGGAAAAUAUGAUUGGGACAGUACAUUACCACAAGAUAUUCAAAGGGAAUGGAAAAUUUGGAUUAAAGAUAUAAAACUUUUGAACGAUUUAACUUUUCCCAGAUGCGUAGUAAAAAAUCUGCAAAUACCAGUACAGCUACACAUUUUUGCUGACGCCAGCCCUAAAGCAUAUGGAGCUGUCGCGUACAUAAGGAUAUGUGAAAAUAAUAUUAAUCAUUCCAACAUUUUUAUGUCAAAAUCCAGAGUUGCGCCAAUAAAGCAGAGCGAAGAUGAACUUUCUUUACCCAGGUUGGAACUAACGGCAGCUGUUUGUGCUGCAAGAUUAAAAAACUACAUAAUGAAAAAUGUCAAACUGAAUGUGAAAUCCAUAUAUUUAUGGACGGAUUCCAAGAUCACACUGCGUUGGAUUAUAGAAAAACCAGAAAGGUGGAAACCAUAUGUUGCGAAUAGAGUCAGAGAAAUUCAGUCACUGACAAAAGAUUCGGUGUGGAGACAUUGCCCAGGACAAGACAACCCUGCAGAUUUAGUGACGAGAGGUAUUAAAGCAAAUAAAUUAAUAACCUCAACAUUGUGGAAAUUUGGUCCUUAUUAUUUACGUGAAUCGGAAGAAAGUUGGCCCGAAGAUGACGAUGAAAUGAUGGAUGAUUAUCAAGGAAAUUUUGUAUUGAAUACACAAACCGUGGAAGAGGUAUCCGAUCCCUUAUUUGAUUUAAACAGAUAUAGUAGCAUAAACAAAAUUCUGAGAGUAACAAGUUAUGUUUUGCGAUUUAUUAGCAACGUAAAAUUUAAACAAAAAAUUGUUGGCAAUUUAGGUGUAGAAGAACUGAAAAGAUCCGAAGUACAUUGGCUAAAAUAUAUUCAAAAUAAAGAAUUCCCAGCUGAAACCAAGUCGCUGAAAAAUAAUGAACUUUUACCUAGGACUUCUGCUAUUUUAUCAUUGUCACCAUUUUUAGACCACGAUGGACUAAUGCGACUCGGGGGAAGAUUACAAGAAAGUGAACUAUCUUAUGAAACGCAGCACCCAAUUAUAUUACCAAAGUCAAGUCCUUGGAUAAACAAGAUUAUUACUCACACUCACGAAAAGUUGCAUCAUGGAGGUGUAAAUAUUACUUUAGCGGAAAUACGGAAGAAGUACUGGAUCCUAAGAGGUAGACAAAAAAUUAAAUCCAUUUUAUCGAGAUGUGUGACUUGCAAAAAAUUUAGAGGAAAACCUGGAGAUACCCAAUUUGCUCCCUUGCCACGAGAACGAAUUUUAUCAAGUAGAGCAUUUGAUGUUAUAGGUACCGAUUUUGCUGGACCUCUUUAUAUAAAAGAAAAAGAACAAAUAAGAAAGGUUUACGUCAUGUUAAUAACAUGUGUUGUAACACGCGCAGUGCAUUUGGAGUUGGUUCCGAAUAUAUCUACAGAGUGUUGUCUGCGAGGUCUGCGUAGAUUUAUGGCAAGAAGAGGAGUGCCGAGUGUGAUUUAUUCAGAUAAUGCCAAAUCUUUCAAAAGAUCAGCAUUGGAACUUGAAGAAUUUAAUACCAUAUUAAGGGGUACAGAUAUUCAUUCAUUUGCUUUGAAAAGUCGAAUAACCUGGAAAUUUAUUGUUGAAAGAGCCGCAUGGUGGGGCGGAUUUUGGGAACGUUUAGUAAAAACCAUAAAGGAUUCAUUGAAAUUUAAUAUAGGUAAAGCCAUUCUCGGAUUUGACGAAUUACAAACGGUGCUGACUGAGGUAGAAGCCAUUGUAAAUUCCAGACCAUUGACGUACAUUGAUGAUGACCCAGACAAUAUGUGUAUCUUAACACCAGAAAAAUUUUUGAUUGGUGAUGCUGUAUCCAAUAUUACCAAAGAUAUACGUGAGACAGCAAUUAAACGUAACGAUCUUUUACAAAAAUGGAAGACGCGAGAAAUAAGUUUAAAUAAAUUCUGGAGAAAAUGGACUACGGAUUAUCUACAGCAAUUACGCACAGCCCAUCAUUUUGAUCCGAAAAGAACCACAUCAUUUGAAACGGGAGACGUCGUAUUAUUACACGACCAGAAUAUGCCAAGAACCCUUUGGAAAAUGGUUCGCAUUACGAACAUUUAUCAAGGUAGAGACGGAAAAGUGCGUGCUUGCGAAAUUAGGGUUCCUAACGGAAAAUUGUUGAAACGACCAAUCCAACUGUUAUACCCCUUAGAAUUAGAAACUGAGGGUAAAGUACUCCGUACUUCGGGGCCCGAGGAUUAUGUGGAAAAUAAAAAUGUCGUACGUCAAGAGAGCUCUUUCCCGCGAGACCGAUACGGUACGGUAGAGAGUGCCGCUGCUAGCAGUAGUGAUAUAGUGUGCGAUUAA